AUGACGCAAAGCGCAAGAUCGAAAAAUGCUUCAUUUGUAUUUUCCACUGUGAAGAGUCUGUACGGUCGUUAUACACUCGAACAAAUAGCUCAACAUCGUGCUGUUGUCAUUUUACCGUAUGCUGUUCUAAGUUAUGGUAUAACAGAAUUAUACGCAUUAGGAAUUCCGAUGUUUGUCCCGUCAAUAAACUUUCUCGUACAAUUAAAACUUGUUUACGAUCGGACAUUGAUUGAUAGUUUUUAUUGUGGUUCUUCGUUGAAUUUCUCCGAUAUGCCAAAACAACAUUCUAAUUCUAAUCAUCCGUAUUCACCAGAAGAUGUCUUCUCGAUAGAAGGAAUAAGCUAUUGGUUACAGUUCGCCGAUUAUUAUCAAUUACCACAUAUCCAAACAUUCUCAUCAUGGGACGAAUUAAUCAAUAAGUUGACUGUGGCAAAUUUUACUAGAAUAAAUCAGCAGAUGUUUGAAGAGAACAUUCGACGAAAAGAUAAACUAAUUGAAGACUGGCAGGCAAUCAUUAGACAGAUUGAUCCGAAACCAAGACGAAUUCCUGACAGUUAUGAAUUCGCUAUUAAACAACUAUGGAAUACUAAUAAAUUACAAGUUGUGUAA